CUCCAAUUUUUUUCUGUUGGUCCUUGUUUUUAUUUGUCGAAUAGUUUGGCCAAAAGUAAUAUUCAUGAUUCUUUUUAGUACGCUUUUUUUCAUAAAAGCUUUCUUAAUCCCAUUCUUUUUCAUUUGGUUUCGACUUGGAUAUCCUUCCAAACGGUUACAGAAACAGACAUUAAACAUAGAAUUAUCCAUGUGUAAUAUCGGCCUCUGGUAUAAUUCAUGUUGUCCGAUAAAGCUAUUGAUUGGUUGCAAAUCACACUUUAUGCUUUUUACAAAAUUUACAGCACUGUCAUCUUUUCCCACAUGUUUUAAUGUAGCUUCCACUUUGGCAGGAAAUAUGUCUAUGUUUAGAAUGCAAAUAGAAUCUGUAGAAUUAUCAAACUGUUUCCUUCUUGUAUUGGAUGGUAUAAUUGCUGGUAAUCUUCCCUUGUUAGAUUCUUUGAUCUUUUUCUGUAUAAGUCUAUCUGUUCCAGACCUAACAUACUCUUUAUCAAGUCUAAAACAAAAACUUUUGUAGAAAUCCUUAAAGUUGUGUGACAUCAGUUUAUAACGGACUUUCUGAUGGUCACUAUACGCAGUCAACCACUUUUCGAUAAGCUUCAAUAAUAUCAACGCAUGAUGGUCAUGUGACAUAUAUUUGGCAAAUGAGAUCAACACUGUUGUGGAUUUUUCCUUGUUUAUAUCCUGAAAUAAUACAUCCAUUUUAUUCUUGAAAAAUGCUUCCUCCUCCAAGAAUCUUCCGUAGAAAUCAGUUAUAGUUAUUGACUUGAGAUCACGAGAUUUCUCGACAUCUAGAUACUGCAAUUCUUCAUACUUCCAUUGUAAAUAUCUGAGCGGUCUAUAGUUAAAUAGCUUUUGAAAAGGUACAAAAUUUAAUAUGUC